AUGAGACCCAAGGAGGGUGCUCGCGGGAGAAGGACAAAAAUGAAAAGGGGUGACGGGGUGAAGAGCGGCCGAGGCUUUGAUGACAGCUCGGAGUGGGUCUUCGACUCGCAGGGGCCCGCGAGACCCGGGAACCCUCCAUUGUGCGCGCCCCUCCACCCCACUCCAUUCCACUCCCCACUCCCCUCACCUCCUCCCCUCCCCGCCGCGCCCGAGCCCGAGCCCGAGCCCGAGCCCGAGCCCGAGCCCUCGCAGCUCCGGGCCGCAGCACCCGUCGUCGCCUGUUCCCCCGCUUUGCCCGAGUGGUUACCAGUGACUCAGGAACUGAGCUUCCGAAAAUUUAUAGAACAAUCUGAUUUACUAGAGGAACUUAAAUAUGACUUCAAUGAAAAAGCUGAAUUGAGACACACUGAGACACAUAAGCCUUUUGUCUUUAACUAUUAUAAAAAUGUCCUGGAGAGGAAUAGCAAGCGCUACCAGGCCCUUGGCCAUUUGCUUGAACAAUACAUUUAUGAACUUUUGGAAAAAGUGUGCAAAUUACAAAAAGUAUAUAUCCCACCAGAGGCUGAUAAGGAACCAAGAAGCUUCUUUUUCAUGAGUGAGAGAGCAUUAACAAGUCAUCAUUCUGCUCUUCUCGUCCUUCUUCAGGACCGUGGGGUCUUUAGAGCUGGUCAGUGGAGUCAGCAGGCAGUAAUACAUCAUGGUCUCCAACAUGGAAGUCAGAUACCAUGUAUUCAAAUGGCAUUGCAGGCACAUUAUGAUGUAAUUGUGCUAAACCCCAACGACAAUUUUGUGGACCUGCAGACAGAAAAAGAGUGGAAAGGCCUUUUAACACAAAAUGUUGAGUCUCCUUCCAGAAAAAUGGUUCAGACUGAGAGCUUUUUAUCUCUCCAGCAGUCUCUCCAAUGUAUUCCAAAAAGAUGCAGCAACACUCCUGAAGAACACAUGGCUUAUAUUUGGGAUUACUUCAUUUCAAAGGCUGAAGGCAAGGAUGUUGCCUUCCUUGUACAUGGUUAUGGAGGCUUGGUUUUUAUGGACUUGCUUGUUCGUAGAAAGUGGGAAGUAAUGAGCAAAGUAUAUGCUGUUGCACUUAUUGACUCUGAACAUCACGUAGGACACCAGCUGGGGAGUGACAUCCAGUUAUUAGCAUGGAUAAAGCACCACUGCCGUGAAUGGGUGACAAGUCCAAAGCCUUUGGAUAAACCUGCAGCUACUGUUUUGAAAAAGGAGUUUCCCACGGUUUCUGCUGGUACAGAAGAACACAACUUAGCCCCCUCCUCUAGCCUUCAGUCAAUUUUUAAAUACUUCAGAAAAUCUUUGAAAGCCAAAGCAGCUAUUAAUUUCUCUCGAGUGCCCAUAGUAACUAGAAGCUCCACAAAAAGAAAGCAAAGUGCUUAAGUUACUUUUUUGCCAUCUAAGAUUGUUUUGUCCCACUGAAACUUUGCUAAUGUAGAUGCUAGAAGAAAAAGAAUACUUCCAACUCAUAGGCAGUAUGUUCUGGCUUGAAAUUUGAUUUGUUAACUCUUUCAAAAAGUGAGUAUGUUCUCUUCCGUAGCCUAUUGAUGAACCAGGAAGUCAGUCAGUACUAUCAUUAAUAUUUUACAGUAUUAGUCAAAUUAAGAGUAGUCUAGUUAGAGGAUCUUCUUUUGAAAAGAUUUCUCAGUUUCAUAGAAUGACACCAAAACUGUAGUUGAUAGAAAUUAAA